AUUGUGCAAAGCAAAGAAAAAGUGGCUAAUACAGCAAAUUAUAUUUAGUUUUCUAUAUGUAGCAGAUCUUUUUUUCCGUGUUUAAUACGAACAUCUCAUCCUUCUGCGGUCGUUGUUAAUCAACGACUUUUAUAUGGACAACUGUCCUACUUUUCGAACGCAAAUGGCCUUAUGCAUGUGCGAGCACAUGAAAGAAAAUCUAAAUUACUUUCGAGUUGAUCUUACUUGGUUCGAGUCGGAUCCUCCGUUAAAACAUGUGUACCUAAAGUAACUACAACUCCUUCGUGUGGCUACUAACUUCGCCAGAUCUGAAACAAAAAGAAAAAUUAGGAUUCCAAGGUGCUGAUGCUGCUCAAAAUGGUCGUACGAGGAUGAAUGUACGAGCGAAGUAAUAUAAUGCGUCUCACGCACGCUUCGAUCGAUUCGAAAAAGUCGGCAAUCAUGCAUGACACGUUCCAAUCCAUUUACUUUCGCGUUUAACGUCACUCAAAAGAAAAAUCUUACAAUCACAUAGCGAAAAUAAUUUACGAAAAAUUUUCUAAGAUGGAUAAAUGACUAACAAGCACUGCGAUAUCGCACAUCGUUUGUAUUUAAUCGAUAUAGAUAACAGAAACAGAAUUUCUAUCUGAAAUAUUUGUGAAAUUUAGCAAGAAAGAGUCUCUUUGUAGAUUAAGGCCAGUCAUAUCACUUACAAAAGUGACUGCGGUAGAGAACUAGCGACGGAAAACAACGUAUAAAUGUAUAAUCCUUACACCCACAUAAAUUUGCUUACAGAUAUUGCUAGAAUGUUACGUGUACCACAUGUAAAUUCUACGUGUACCACAAGUAAUUUUUUAGCAGAUUCAAAAAGCAGCGAUAAAUUUUAACUGUGACAUUUAGAAUUUUACUUGAAACAGCAAAACAUUCUUUUAAUUGCUCAACAAUUUCGUAUAUACAUAUGUUAUUGUUUCCGAGAUCAUGUAACUUUCAACUGGCGAGAUAUGUCCGAAAAAGCAUACGUUAUUUAUUAAUUCAACAUUAUUUAUAUAUAUCAUAAUGCUAAUAUUAUACAUAUUUCAUAAUAUUUGAUUUAAUUCAAAUAUUUAAUUUCAAUUUAAACUGUCGAAAUUCAUAAUUCAAUUGAAGUGCACUACUUUCAUGAAACGCGAAAUAGCUAAAUGGCAUUACGGAAAAUAGAUAAUAAUGAGAUAAUACGUCUGUUUUAAGAAAAUAUUUGCUUGUUUUUCUCACCCCGGCGGCAUCUUUUAUUUGUGCCUAUACGACUGGUUGUCGUGAAGAUAGAAAAAAAAGGAAGAACAGGAGGGUGAAAAUGAACCAAGACCACAUCGAUAGUUACCGCGUUCGUUUCGGCGCGUCUUAUCCGAGUUCACGAAGUUCCCUUGUCGAAAGUGCGAGCCUCGAACACGUUUCCGAAAGAAUUCAUCGUGAGCUGCGCGACUAUCGAGAGGUUCCCACACAAGAAGAAAAUAAACGAUCAACCGACUUUUCUUGUUACAUAACGUUCAACGGCGGUUCUUUGUCGGCGGUUCCUUUUCUCCAAACGACCGUCUAGAGAGACCACGUGCGAAAAAGAACGGAGAUUUCACAACGGUAGACGUUUUCUCUCGUCGGGUUUGUCUUUUUGCGCGUGUGGAAAUUAGGCCGCGACUAACUAAAGAUGGCAUGUGACCAAAUCUUGGUAAUUAUCGACGAAAGCAAGACACAAAGAAAAAAAUAGAGAUUCGAUUUAACACUGAUCAAAUGUUUAACAAAUCGAACGUUUCAAAAAAGUCAACUUCAAAUUAAUCAGAGAAUCCGUUAUUGUGUAUAAACUCUAAAAUCUACAUUUUGAUUAUAUAUUUCGAUUAUAUAUUUAAAGCUACAUGUUAACCAUUUCAUUAAAAAUUCACUAUUUGUCUUAUAUAAAUAUCGUAACGUUACUACAGUUUGAUAAUCGUGAGAACACGUUUAACACAAACUAUACGUACGGUCAGAAUACCCGAAACUUAGUUUUACAUUAGCUUUGCAAGUUCCGUUGAAUUCAGAGACCUAUUGAUAUAACAUUAUAUUAUUCAGAAUUGCGUACUAUUGUUUUCUUCAUGUUGAGGCUUAAAUGCUAGCUCAACGUCCUACGCAUAUGCUAGCGUUGGACGACAACAACAAUACAAUAACAUGUUGCGUACGCGUGUCGUGUUUACUUUUUAUCACAGUAAACUCAUAAUGUCACGGGAAGAAUAGACUAUUAAAAGGAUAUUCAAUAACAACAGCCGGCAACGAACAGUUUGCAUAAAGUUUUAAGAACAAUGUUUUAGAGCAUUGAAAUUCGCUACAAAAUUCAAUGAUCUAGUUGUCAGCAAUAAAGUGAUUAAAAGAGAACUUGCCAAGAGCCUCUGUGAUGAUGUACGUCCCAUUUCGUUAUAAGUAACGUUAAUUUGCGAAAUGAAUAUUUGGAAUGAAUAGCAUUUGAUAUUCCAUUACCUCAGUGUCCUAUCUAUUUAAUCUUUAAUCUAAAUUUCAAUCAGCAACGUAUUAAUUAUGUACCUUACUCGACUGUAGAUUGAACGUAUGCGAUGUGCACGAGCCGUAUAGAAUAAUUAAUGAUGAGAUUAGUGGAUUAAUAUAAACUUUGUUUCAUAAUCUCUUUAUCGUUUUGUUAGUUUUAUCGGCGUUGGAAAUAUCGAUGGAAUUUGGAAAUUCAAAAAGGGUGAGAGAGGAGAAGUUGUAAGGGCAAAGGUAGCAGUUGCGUGUACUCUGUCGCUUUACAUCAACAAAGAUUUAUGUUAAUAAAGGUUGACAUUUGAAUUCGUUAUGAUAACAAGACAUUAAUAGAUUCGAGAUGGAACUUGUUGCCCAAGAAGCCCAUUAUUAAAGGUACACAACUUGCCAGACUUCGAGUGGUUUCUAAAUUUCGACGCGAGGGUCCCCUGAGUCUUAGUAAGUUUGUCAAACUUCCCAUUGAAGUCGAAGAUAUCGUUUACAAUAGAUGACUGACACAUCUGGAAAUACAUGACGUAACCCUAAAAAAAAGAAACGUACACAGCAAAGACCCUCCGAGUAGCAACUGGGAUCAUUUAUGUCCGAGUCAUUCUAACAAGUGUGAAAGGAAUUGUUUAAAAAAAUAUCAAUUAAAAUUUCUCGCUGUUUUUUGUAUCUGCAGUACGCGUAAAAUUUACAGCGGUAGUAGUAUCUAGCAGUAUCUGCAAGCAAAUUUAGGUGAGUGUAAGGAUUAUAUAUAAAGUUUGUCGUUUUGUUCUCUGUCCUUUCUCUACACAGUGACGUGGUUUACAAGACGUGACUUUAAUUUGAAUACCACAGAGAUCACAGGGAGAAAGAUUUUCUUGUAGUACAUUUCACGGACAUUUCAAAUAGUAAUUUUAUCUCCGUCAUCUAUAUUGAUUAAAUUAUUGAAGUUACUGUUUAAAAGUAAAAUAUUUAGCAAUUCAUUUUUCACAAAGAACUAUGUGGUUCUUUAACUAAGAGGAUAAAGAAAGUUUUAGAAAUUAUUAACAAUUUUUCGAGCAAGGAAAGAAAAAUCGAGGAACAUACAUGCGACUCUGGUUACUAUUUCAAAGAUAACGAAAACACAUUACUCGAAGGUUUAAAGCAAUAUUGUUAUACAACUAUGCCUGCGAAACUAGAUUCUAAAUUUUAGCUUGGGUACCUGUAUACGCUCUCAGAAAGUCUGUCAAACACUCGUUAAAAUCGGGAGUGUCCUGUAUAAUAAAUGAUUUGACUUCCUGGAGAUACAUAAUGUAUGGCUGGUCGUAUCCCGGCGUCCUGGUUUCGCGAUCUUGUAUCCUAGUCCCGGCUGUUUCAUCGUGGCGCUCCACAUAUUCGCUCGUAGCACUGUAUUAUUCGUGUAAGUGCAAUUCGAUCGAAGAAACAUAUUAACUGACACGACACCGAUGAGAGUCGGAUUAAAAAGUCGAUCAAAGAGUCGAUCAAAUAUUCUAAUCGGCCGACGGAAAAAUUGACUAACGCGCCGCUAUACAUAUCCUGCGUAUGUAUAUCAUUUGUCGGUUCGAGAUAUAAUAUUUCGGUCACAAAAGGAAAAUAUACUACACACUACAAUACAACAAAACAAUCAGAGAAAAGAGCACAGUCAUUCCCUAGCGAUCGUCUACCGUCGUUGUCUUUUAUUGAAUACACAUAGAUAUCGUGGCUGACAGAUAACGCUCUUCGAAACAUUCCAGACCCUCAAGACGGUCGAGAAAUUAGUAAAAUUCUUGUCGUAUAGUAUCGGUACGUUAGAGUUCUAAUUUCCGCCGUGAUUGUAAUAUUUCAUCGGCUCUGAAAAGAUUUAAUCUGUUACUCGAUACGGGUUUCGUCGAUCGAAUGUCAUCUGUAUGAGUGUCAGAACUCAUCUAUGUGAGUAUCAGUGCCACCAGGGAAUAUCCGGAAUAUCUCGAUGAAGCAGCUUGGACCAGGAUGUUGAACCGGAAAGCCAAAACAGAGGAGGGAGAACGCUGGAAUAAAACGCCAGUCGGUGGUGCUGGACCAACGGGACAUGGGACAAUUACUCCAACUAUUCUCUAUGCCGCGACGUGCGGCUGCCGGCGAUCGAGGGCGGGGUGGAAAUCACGACGAUGCUGUACUUCAUCGGCUACAGCCUCUCUCUACUCACCCUGGUAGUGGCGGUUUGCAUAUUCAUCUAUUACAAGGAGUUACGGUGCCUUAGAAACAACAUACACACGAAUCUAAUGCUCACAUACAUUCUGGCUGACCUGACGUGGAUGUUAACCACUGUGAUGCAGGUGUCCAUGCAAACGGAUAUACCGACUUGCGUGACGCUCUUCUCCCUCCUUCAUUACUUCCAACUGACGAACUUUUUCUGGAUGUUCGUCGAGGGUCUGUACCUGUAUCUGCUGGUCGUGAAAACGUUCACCGGCGAUAAUAUCAAGCUGAAGCUCUGCCUGGUAAUCGGUUGGGGUGCACCUGUGCUCGUAAUAGGCGCGUGGGGAAUCGCCAAGUCGCUAGAUCAGAACGUCAUGAAUCAGGCCAACCAGGAAGUGGCGCUCUGGAGACACUGUCCCUGGAUGAUCCCGCAUCCGUACGACUGGUUUUAUCAAGCGACCGCUAUAAUAGUUUUAGCAGUCAACGUUAUAUUUCUCUUCAUGAUUAUGUGGGUGCUGAUAACGAAGCUGUGGUCCGCCAACAACGUGGAGACACAGCAAUAUCGCAAAGCCAGUAAAGCUCUCUUGGUAUUAAUACCGUUGCUAGGAGUGACCUAUGUGCUGGUCAUAGCGGGACCUACCGAGGGACAAGUCGCGAAUGCAUUCUCCUAUGCACGCGCGGUUCUUCUUUCUUCCCAGGGAUUCUUCGUGGCGUUGUUUUAUUGUUUCCUCAAUACGGAGGUGCAGAAUGCUCUGAAGCACCAUUUCGCGCGAUGGAGCACCGCGCGAAAUCUCGGCACCGGCCGGAGGUAUUAUAACAAUUGGUCGCCUCGCUCGAGAACGGAGAGCAUAAGAGAGGUCAAUUACAGGUUGUAUUGCCAACCAUCAAAUCCGUAUCGUAAACGAGAAUCCACUGUGAGCGAAACAACCACCACGACAGUGAUCGGUCCGAAUUCCACCACGACGUUCCUCGAUAAAUCCAAAAAAGUCAUCUCGGAAGACCUUAACGAGUGAGACAGGAAUUGCGUGAGAGGAAUUCCGACGAUGGGCGAGCCUCGUCGUUACGGAUUGCUUCAUCGAUCAACCGCGUUCUCGAGGAGAUUCCGAUAACUUUCGCACCUCAACACAAGAGUUUUUUUUCUAAAGGUAUUUUCAAUAUUAAAAAUCUAAAAAUUUUCAACCACGUAUAUAUCUAUAUAAAAAUUAUUAUUGAAACCGUCGCUCUCGAAGAGUCGAUAGAAAUCGUACAAAGUCGUACAAAGAGGUUUGCCGAUAAAAGAAAUUAGCGAGAUAAGUGCCAUCUAAAUCUUUAAAAAAUACGCUAGUUCCUUGAUUCAAUUUUGAGAUUUAAAACUCAGUUUGAAUAUAGUUUUAAUCGUAACUGAUUUUAGUUUAUUUACUUUAAUAGUUUAACUUAAUAGUGUUGAUAAUUACCCAUUUUGUCGAGUUUUACGAAGCUUUACAACGUGACAGCAUUUAACUUAGACAGUAAAAAUUAUUACGGUGAUGUAAUAUCUUGCGCGUUUCGAGAUUCUCCAUAUCUUUUUAUUCUUCGAAAAUAUAGUUGAAAGGAAUCAUUGGGUUUGGGAUAAUUUACAAUUAUCGAGGGUGGAAUCAUGUCUGAGAUUCGUACAAAGACAACAUUAGGCAAUCGCGUUCAUAUAUCGACCGAAAUUUCUCGAUAAAUUGUCAAUUUUUUUCUCCAUUGCAAAUGUUAACAGUAAUACUUUCUAUCAGGAAAAGACCAAAAUCGUCGAUAAAGGGAACAUUGUACAUUAGAGCGAACUGUUGAAAACAGUAUAAUAUAUAGCGCAUCUGUGUAAUGAUUAACGAUUAAUAAUCAGCAUUCUCAAUGAUCGGAAUUAAGUUCUACAAUAGAAUGUUGAUUGUUAAUUUAGUCCGAUAAGUAUCGCGAUGUGUGCGCUACUUUUUUGCCGGAAAAUCACAAUUAUAUCAUCGAAAUUUUGCUCGUUCGGCUUUAUUAUCGAUUACCUAAAUAAAACUUAUCAGGUGUAGAGGAACGUAAACAAAUUAUUGGAGAAAAAUGAUAAAAAUGACAGAUAUAUAUAAUAACAGUAUAAUUUUGAUAUAAACUAGGAAUCUCCUUACAUGUCUUACAUGUCCAUGGAUCAAUCUUUAUAGGGAAAUUAACGACCGAAUAAUCGGCGUUUAACGUAGGAUAUAAUGUAUAUUAUAGUAUAUUGAUAAAGUAAGCAUUAUCCGUAAAUCGCAAUAUAUACGACAUUGUCUAUUUAUUAUUACACUGGUUUAUAACAAUUCUAUCACUGUUUCUCAAGUGUACAUAUGUACAGUUACAUACAU